GUAGGUGACUUUCGGCCGGCGGUAGGUGUGGGGAGUGCCAGGUGGAGGUGUAUUUUGGUCUCCGUGUUAGAGGGUUUUAAUCAUAAGAGGGGGAUUAAGAGGAAGCUGAGUCCCUGGUAGGGGAGGACAGUCAGUCUCUGAUGAGUCUGUGCGAUCUGUGGGGGGGGAAUACCGUGUGUAGCCUGGGACUGAGGGUCAGGCUGAGUUCCUAACGGAAGGAGAGGGUCUGUGGUCAUGAAAACUUAGAGGGUCAUGUCCUGGCAGUAAGUGAGGAAGUGAGUAGCGGGGAGAGGGGAAGCUAGAGCUGUGAGGGAUGGUGUCAGGAGGCAGUGGAAGAAAUAUUUUGUCUGUGGACAAAAAAUGUGAAAGGCAGUAGUCACUGGUGGCUCAUUGGACUGGUCGUUAGCAGAUGUUUUUAGUGACUGGUAGCUGUUCCCCCCACCCCCUCCAAUGGCCUGGUCACUCUAGCUAAAAUCAAAGCCCAGUGAGUUCUGUUGCUAAAAUGAGGAAAAUGGUUAUGCAAAAGUGGUCUUUGUUUGUUGGUUUUGGUUUUAAUUUUGAGAUGUAUUUAAUACUUAUUUUAAAAGGCAGGUUACAGGAACACUGUAUGUGCUGUUCCAGUAACUCAUUUAGAAAUAAUCUUUAGAUCAUUUUGCAUAUGGUGAAGGGUAAUGCCAAGCCAAAAUGCUUGUUAAAUGAUAAGAUUUGGCAAGGCAGUGUACCAGCUUAAUCCUAAAAAUACAGUAGCCUCAUUACCUUCAGUAGAACUGCUCAGGUAAAGCAAAUACAUAAGAACUGGCAGGUUCAGUUUGUAACCCUUAGUUUAACUGUAAAUGCCAGUAUAGAUUUAAAUGGAACAAUACAAAUCUUGCUUAUAUGGUCUGCAUUUAAUUUUCUUCUGGGUUUCAUUUAGUUUAGAGGUAGAGAGAGAUCUGUGGAUUGAGUUGGCACAGUGUCAGUGAAUAUGGGAGAAGAAUGUCGCUGAUGUCUAAUGAAGAUCUAAUUGGUUUCGUUUUCCAUCACUAGCUGCUGUAUUUGUUUUGGAAACCCUUUAAGGAGAUACUUGUUAUUUUGCUAAAUAGUAUUUUGGGGAACUGCAAGAAAUACUGUUCAGACAUAAAAAAACCUGGUUUAAUGCAGAGGGUCAUCAAGUACUGGGAUAGGUUGCCCAGAGACAUUGCCAAGUUCCUAUCUCUGGAGAUACUCAAAAGCUGACUGGACAAGGCCCUUGGCAGCCUGUGCUGGCUGAGCCUGCUUUAUUCAGGAGCACUGAGCAGGUCUCCAGAGAUCCCUUCCAGCCUCAACUAUCCUGUGAUUCUGUAACUAGUAGUUCAGAGCUUUCUAGAUUACACUAACUUAGGGAUAAAUGCUCUUCAGACAUGUCUGUGUCUCUCCUGAUACACAGGGAAACUCUUCAAACUGGCUUUACAAACCUUGGUUCAGAAUUGCUGUGUGGUUCCAUAGGAUUUGUAAGAUCUCUAUGUAUGAUCAUCUUCGAGGUGUUGCUGCCCUCAUCUUUAACUGACUUUGAAUGUUGAUAUAAUAUGAACAGUUUGGUUGAUAUGGAGUGAACUGGUACCACAUAUACACAGGCUCACUUGCCUGUUGAAGUCUAAUCCAGGUAAUUUUUGUUAAUACAGAGAGCGAUCAGAAAAGCAGAGACUGAACCUGCAUGAAGGUUUCUUUCCAAACAGCGUGAUAAGUGUUUUUUAAUGUUCAGGAAGAACUUAGAGAAGGUGGGUGUUUGUGUGCUUCAGCCAUCAUGUCUGGAAUUGGCAAUAAAAGGGCAGCUGGAGACCCUGGCCCUUCUGCACCUCCAGAGAAGAAGGCAGGGGUUGAAGAUUCAGGGACCACAGUGGAGACCAUUAAGCUUGGUGGCGUUUCUUCAACGGAGGAGAUGGACAUCCGGACCCUACAGACGAAGAACCGAAAACUAGCAGAGAUGCUGGACCAGCGGCAAGCCAUUGAAGAUGAGCUACGGGAGCACAUCGAGAAGCUGGAGCGUCGGCAGGCCACCGAUGAUGCCUCUCUGCUGAUUAUCAAUCGAUACUGGAAUCAGUUUGAUGAAAAUAUCCGCAUCAUCCUUAAACGUUUCGACCUGGACCAAGGUCUUGGAGACCUUUUGUCUGAAAGAAAAGCAUUGGUGGUACCAGAACCUGAACCAGACUCGGACAGUAAUCAGGAGCGCAAAGAUGAGAGGGAACGAGGUGAAGGACUGGAGCCGGCAUUCUCCUUCCUAGCCACUUUAGCCAGCAGCACUAGUGAGGAGAUAGAAUCUCAGCUGCAGGAGCGUGUAGAGUCCUCCCGCCGUGCUGUUGCCCAGAUUGUGACAAUGUAUGACAAGCUGCAGGAGAAAGUGGAUGUGCUGUCCCACAAGCUGAAUAGUGGAGAUAUUUCGUUGAUGGAAGAAGCAGUCCUGGAGCUUAAUACCUACCUCUCACAUGAAAAUGGACGGCUGCAGGAGCUGGCUGAUGUUCUUCAGGAGAAGCACAGAAUCAUGUCUCAGGAGUUCUCCAAGCUGCAAGAGAGAGUGGAGACAGCAGAAUCUCGGGUGUCUGUUCUGGAGACUAUGAUUGACGACCUUCAGUGGGAUAUUGACAAGAUACGCAAGAGGGAGCAGAGGCUCAACCGGCAUUUAGCAGAUGUUCUGGAACGAGUAAAUUCCAAAGGCUACAAGGUGUAUGGAGCUGGGAGCAGCCUCUAUGGGGGCACAAUCACCAUUAAUGCCCGCAAGUUUGAGGAGAUGAAUGCAGAGCUGGAAGAGAAUAAAGAGCUUGCUGGAAAUCGCCUCAAUGAGUUGGAGGAACUACGACAGGAUCUUGAGGAAGUAACAACACAGAAUGAAAAACUCAAGGUUGAGCUGCGACGAGCAGUGGAAGAGGCUGUGAAGGAGACCCCAGAAUAUCGCUGCAUGCAGUCCCAAUUUUCUGUUUUGUAUAAUGAGAGUCUCCAGCUGAAGGCACAUCUUGAUGAGGCCCGCACUCUGCUUCAUGGAACCCGCACCACGCAUCAGCGCCAAGUGGAACUAAUUGAGAGGGAUGAGGUCAGCCUUCACAAGAAAUUACGCACGGAGGUGAUUCAGCUAGAGGACACCCUGGCGCAAGUCCGCAAAGAAUAUGAGAUGUUGAGGAUAGAGUUUGAACAGACACUUGCUGCCAAUGAACAAGCAGGCCCAAUUAAUCGGGAGAUGCGUCAUCUCAUCAGCAGCCUCCAAAAUCACAACCACCAGCUGAAGGGAGAGGUGUUAAGAUACAAGCGCAAACUGAGAGAGGCCCAAUCUGACUUGAGCAAGAUCCGCUCUCGCAGUGGUAGUGCUCUCUUGCAGUCCCAGUCCAGCACUGAAGACACAAAGGAAGAACCUCCAGAGAUCAAGCAGGAACCUGAUGAUACUUCUGCCCAAGUGUCUGUUCCCAAGGCUGCUUCUGAAGAUGUUAAUGAAAUGAAGGCCAGGCGAGAUGAAGAAGAACGGGAGCGAGAGAGGAGGGAGAGGGAGAGAGAGAGAGAGAAGGAAAAAGAGAAAGAAAGAGAGCGUGAGAAAGAGAAGGAAAAGGAAAAGGAACGAGAGCGGGAAAAGCAGAAGCAGAAGGAAUCUGAGAAGGAGAGAGAGUCCAAAGAGAAGGAGAAAGGGAAGCAUGAAGACGGAAGAAAGAAGGAGGCUGAAGUGAUCAAGCAGCUGAAGGCUGAGCUCAAGAAGGCCCAGGAGAGCCAGAAGGAGAUGAAGCUGUUGCUAGAUAUGUACCGCUCUGCCCCCAAAGAGCAGAGAGACAAAGUGCAGCUGAUGGCAGCUGAGAAGAAGGCAAAAGCUGAGCUGGAAGAACUGAGGCAGAGGGUGAAAGAAUUGGAAGACAAGGAGAAAAAGGAGAGUAAAAAGAUGGCUGAUGAGGAUGCCCUCCGCAAGAUCCGAGCAGUGGAGGAACAAAUUGAGUAUUUACAGAAGAAACUAGCCAUGGCUAAGCAGGAGGAGGAGGCCCUGCUGUCAGAAAUGGAUGUCACAGGCCAAGCCUUUGAAGACAUGCAGGAGCAGAACAUCCGCCUGAUGCAGCAGCUGCGUGAGAAGGAUGAUGCCAACUUCAAGCUGAUGUCAGAACGCAUCAAGUCCAACCAGAUCCACAAGCUGCUGAAAGAGGAGAAGGAGGAGCUGGCAGACCAAGUUUUGACAUUGAAGACACAGGUGGAUGCCCAGCUUCAGGUUGUACGUAAGCUGGAGGAGAAGGAACACUUACUGCAAAGCAGCAUUGGAACAGGCGAGAAAGAACUAGGUCUCCGAACACAGGCCCUGGAAAUGAACAAACGCAAGGCCAUGGAUGCAGCCCAGCUUGCAGAUGAUCUGAAAGCCCAGCUAGAGCUGGCUCAGAAGAAGUUACAUGACUUCCAGGAUGAGAUUGUGGAAAACAGAGUAACUAGAGAGAAAGAGAUGUUCAACUUCAAAAGGGCUGAGGAAGAUAUUUCUAGGUUACGCAGGAAGCUGGAAACCACCAAGAAGCCUGACAUGGUUCCCAACUGUGAUGAGAUAUUAAUGGAAGAAAUCAAGGAUUACAAAGCCCGCCUGACCUGCCCAUGCUGUAACAUGCGCAAAAAGGAUGCUGUGCUGACAAAGUGCUUUCACGUCUUCUGUUUUGAAUGUGUGAAAACACGCUAUGACACCCGGCAGCGUAAGUGCCCCAAGUGCAACGCUGCCUUUGGUGCCAAUGACUUCCACAGGAUCUACAUUGGUUGAUUCUUUUUACUGGAGUGAUGGAAAGUUGCCGCUUACUGCUGACCUCCCAGCCUCCCUCACUUUCUGUGAUUGUCACCUUUGGGGCAGUCAGUGCUUCUGUCAGCUGAUCUGCAGUCUCUUCUGAGAAGUGUGGUUAGGGUACAGAAAGAAACAGAUUCUGGAUCUUGAUUCCUUUCUUGUCCCUUUUCUUUUAUUCUUGCCCUCAGUUUUUGUGGAUUCUUUGUGCCUGAGAGGACAUUUCCCAUCCAUCACUUUCACACUGCCAGGUUGGGAACAUCUAACUGAAGUCUUGUCUUGGUGGGAUGGAAGCUGUCUGUAGUGCAGCAGAGAUAAAUGAGGCCUUUAUGUGAGGAGUUUUCUUUGGAUGUUAAUUAUUAAACCCCAUCAAGGUAUGGUAGUGUUUCUGAGAGUGCAUAGUUUCCCAGUUAAAGGGCCAAAUAACAAAUGAACAUGUGCAUCUGUAGACUGAAGUGGAAUGGCUCGUUAGACAGCGUAUCUUCCUGCAUCAGGGUAAGAAUCUGUGAAGGCUGGUGCAUUAGUAUAAAUAUCCUUCCUACCCGCAAAAGCAAGCGCACAUCUUAGUAUCCAGACGAGGAGAAAGACAAGAUGUUGGAGAAUCUCUGAAAGCAGCAUUCCACUGAUGAACCCUGGCUGAUGUGGACAUCUUCCCCUAGGUUGAGGCAUUGCUGUCAUUUUCCUUCGUGUCCAGAAAAGAAUUUGUAGGAGUUACUUUGUUGCAACUUUGCCACAAAGAGUAAUAUUGUAAUGCACAAAAUCUAAUAAAAGCUGUCGUCUGGGUUAUUUUUGUUUUUCUUGCCUGUGGUAGUAUCUAUCUGUGUUCCUGUCCUUUUUCCAGUUAUUGGAAACAUUGUUCACAAGCUUUAAUAUUCUAAAGUAGAGAGAUUAAUUUUUUUCCUCCUUCUGUUUUCAAAAAAUGGUUAACAAAAACAACCUCUGUCCUUUUGGCUGUAUCUUCACUACCUUAUUUGUGACACCACAGAAGGGCCAAGAUGCUGCGUAAUCACAGAAUCACAGAAUCGUAAGGG